AUGGACCCGCUAGAAGCUUGUCUGAAUGCUGGCGAUUGGGAUGGCUUGGCUGCUCGAUGCGAGCAGGCUGAACUAAUGGCUGCCUCAUCAGGCAAAACAACAUCGCCAGAAAUUUGCUCAGCCCUUUUGGCGGUGUACUUGUUGAAGCGAGAUCUGGUCAGUGCCAAGUUUCUGUGGAAGCGUAUGCCGGCAUCCUACCAGGGCAUGAAAGAUAUGAGUCAACUUUGGGAGAUUGGACAGGCGCUGUGGAAGAAGGAUUUCAGGAGCGUGCAUGUGAAGCUUAGGGUUCGUCCCAACUGGCCACAGCACGUCCAGCCGAUUAUGAAAGCGCUGCUAGACUCUGUGCGCCGAGAAGUAGUGACGCUGGUCAGCCACUCAUACAGUAGAAUAUCAGCCAGCAUGCUUGCAGGCAUGCUGGGAGUGGAUGAUGCAACUGCUGCUUGCAAUGAGCUGGGCUGGACUCUUGAGAACGACUUUGUGCAGCCAAGAAAGGUGUGCUCCGAGGCUGUGUCAUUGUGGAUGGAGAACAAAAAACGAUUACUCACCCUCACAAACUACAUCUCAGCACUUGAAAACUAG